UUAUUGUGAGAGGAACUUGGAAGAUGAGAGCUUGUCUGCUUUAUUUUUGUAUAUUUACUCUGCUACAGAGUAGAUAUGUACUAUCGGAGGAUAUAUGGCUGCCGAAUUUAAGAAAAUUGGCCUCAAUCAUAUAUAGUUGCGAACGUGAUUUGAAUCUUGAAAACGUUGGUUCGCUGCAAACAUUAGACAACGAAUCGAUAUCCAAUAAGAGGGUAGACCUGAAGAGUUCUGCAAGGUCCCAAGGUGAUGGCUCAGCUCAGGCAUCAGCCAAUGUCGUUAUUAGAAAUGGUGACCGCGCUCUAACCAUUUCGAAUAGUGUGGAUUUGGGCCCUGGCAAAGGCAGACUACCUCGAAGAGCAGGCAAUGACAGAAACGAUCAGUCUUCCGUGGAUAGUUCGGUAUCUGUUAACCUUGGCGGUGGAUUAUCGCGUAAUAAGCCUUUAUCUAAUUUACGCAAACAACGAGAGCUUCCUAUAAUUUUGCUACAGGAUGACUUAAUUAAACCUAGAUCAGCUCCGAAAAAGAAGUCAAACCCUAUAUCGAUAUCAAUUGGUGAUAGCAACGCCAAUAAUCAAAUCAUUCAGGAUGAUAUUAAACCAACCGCUGCACCCAACCUGUUGGACAUUUUCAAUGUCCAACCGCGGUCACCUUGGGGAAUCGGUCUUAAUAUUUCAGGAGGUAAGGGGAAGCCCAAAACUGCAUCGAGUACACAGGCCUUGAGAAAACGAAUGUACGGUCGAAUCGCCAAUUGUGUUAAGAAGAAGCUAAUUGAAGAAUAUCAAGAGAAAUCAGCUUUCUCUGACUAAAUUCAAUAAUUUUCCAUUAACGAUUGCGCAUUAUCAUUAAAAGUGUAAAAUGAAUUGAAAA